ACCUCCUAAGCAGGGGAGCAGAGUCUUAUCGGACUCCGUGCCUCAGUUUCUCCGUUGGUCCCAUGGGUCACCAGCGAGCGGUCCAGCCACUGGGCGGGGUGGCUGCGCCCUCUCUCCCUCCCCGCUGGGCCCCGCCCCCGAGGCUGUCCAGAAAAGGUCCCGAGCGGCGACCGCUCGCUCCAGCCUCCACGCGGUCCUGGCCAUGCAGGGUCCCCCUGCGCCAGCCCCGGCCCCUGGGCCCGGCUCCCCGCGAGGCUCCCCCGGGCUCUUCAGGAAGCUCCUGGUGAACCAGAGCAUCCGCCUGCAGCGGCGCUUCACGGUGGCCCAUCCCCUGUGCUUUGACCUGGAAAAUGGGCUGUCGCGUGGAAGGACUGUCCUGGACCCUCAGUCCGGGCCUGGCCUUGGACGUGGGGCUCAGGCCCCGGCCCCCCACAGCCAGCGGCGAGAGUCUUUCCUGUACCGCUCGGACAGCGACUAUGAACUGUCACCUAAGGCCUUGUCCCGGAACUCCUCCGUGGCCAGCGACCUACAUGGAGAAGACAUGAUAGUGACGCCCUUUGCCCAGGUCCUCGCCAGUCUGAAGACAGUUCGCAGCAACGUGGCAGCCCUUGCCCAAGGCCAAGUCCACGGUGCAGUCAAGCAGGCAUCUGUCGGGAACCCUCCACCCAGCAGUCAGCCCCCUCCACCUGCAGAAGACUCUGGGCAGAAGCUGGCGCUGGAGACCCUGGAGGAGCUGGACUGGUGUCUGGAUCAGCUAGAGACGCUGCAGACGCGGCACUCGGUCGGGGAGAUGGCCUCCAACAAGUUCAAGCGGAUGCUGAACCGGGAGCUCACCCACCUGUCCGAAUCCAGCCGCUCUGGCAACCAGGUGUCCGAGUACAUCUCCAGAACCUUCCUGGACCAGCAGACGGAGGUGGAGCUGCCCAGGGCGGCGCCCGAGGAAUCCCAGAGGCCCAUGUCGGAGAUCAGUGGCCUCCGUGGGCUCCCCCACAGCGCCAGCCUCUCUGCAGCCACUGUCCCACGCUUUGGGGUCCAGACCGACGAGGAGGGGCAGCUGGCCAAGGAGCUGGAAGACACCAACAGGUGGGGCCUCGAUGUGUUCAAGGUGGCAGAGCUGAGCGGGAACAGGCCGCUGACGGCCAUCAUAUUCAGCAUCUUUCAGGAACGGGACCUGCUCAAGACCUUCCAGAUCCCGGCUGACACCCUGGCCACCUACCUGCUGACGCUGGAGGGUCACUACCACGCCGACGUGGCCUACCACAACAGCCUGCACGCCGCCGACGUGGCCCAGUCUGCGCAUGUGCUGCUGGCCACACCUGCCCUGGAGGCGGUGUUCACAGACCUGGAAGUCCUGGCUGCCAUCUUUGCAAGUGCCAUCCACGACGUGGACCACCCCGGGGUCUCCAACCAGUUCCUCAUCAACACCAGUGAGUCUGGGGUGCUGGUUUGCAAUGAAUCCUUUAUCAUACCCUCCCAUUUCACAGAUGAGGACCUGGGGACUGACAGUAGAGGGGUCUCAGUGGGGGUGGCCUCUAGAGGUGGGAAGCAGGGCAGAUGGGUCCUCAUGCUGUCACCCUCCCUGGCCUGUCCCCAGGUGCUGGCCACAGAUAUGUCCAAACACAUGAAUCUCCUGGCGGACCUCAAGACCAUGGUAGAAACCAAAAAGGUGACAAGCCUCGGUGUCCUGCUCCUGGAUAACUACUCCGAUCGCAUCCAGGUCUUACAGAACCUUGUCCACUGUGCUGACCUCAGCAACCCCACCAAGCCGCUGCCCCUGUACCGCCAGUGGACAGACCGCAUCAUGGCGGAGUUCUUCCAGCAGGGUGACCGGGAGCGCGAGUCGGGCCUGGACAUCAGCCCCAUGUGCGACAAGCACACGGCCUCGGUGGAGAAGUCCCAGGUGGGCUUCAUCGACUACAUCGCCCACCCGCUGUGGGAGACCUGGGCUGACCUGGUCCACCCCGACGCACAGGACCUGCUGGACACGCUGGAGGACAACCGGGAGUGGUACCAGAGCAAGAUCCCCCGCAGCCCCGUGGACACCGCGGUCAGCUCGGAGCGGGGGGCUCCCGACAGGUUCCAGUUCCAGCUCGCCCUGGAGGAAGCAGAGGAGGAGGAGGAGGAGGAGGAGGAGGCCCUGGAGAGGGAGCCCUCGGGGUCACCUGACACUUAGCUCUAGUACCCAAGGCCCUGGGGGGCCCUGCCCCUGGACAACCAGGAGAUUCCAGGCAGGCCCUGCGUGGACCCCGGGGCCAAGCAAUGACCAAGCCCUUUGGCACCCGCCGGCCCUGGUGGGUGAACUUUCCAGGAGGUUGCAGGGGGCCCUUGCUUCACGUUCCCACCUGCUGAGCCAGACAACCGACUUUUUAGUGAUAGGUAGGUCUCAGGGUCCAAUGGAGGCUGGGGUCCACUCUGACCUCAGGUUCAGCUGAAAUGGCUCUACGGGGCUGGACGGGGGCAGCUUCUUACAGCACCCUUGGGCUCUCCCUCUGGACCUGUAUCUCUAGUAUGGAAAAGGGGGUCUGCCAGGCCCUUGUCCACCUUCUCCAGUCGUCAUUCUUGAACCACAUCUAUCUCUUAAUUCUUUCUUUCUUUCCAUGUAUUUAUUGAGCAGCUACUAUGUGUCAGGCCUGUGCCUGCUCUGUGCUUCUGGGGUAGCCCUGCACAAGGUAGGGAGGGAGUCAGCACCCCACAGGGGCCACAGGGGUCUCCCCACCCUCCUCUGCCAGGCGGCUCACAGCAGGAGAAUGUGCACUUGAAGCAUUGGUGGGGGCGGGGUGCGAUUCUCAGGGCCGAAGCUUCAUGGAGACCCGAUUCUGGCCCUGGAGCUGUGGUGGAGGCAUAGGAAAAGGGAGGCUCUUGUUGGGGACCGUCUCUGAAGGCUGAUUUAAGCUGCACAGCACUUGUUGAAAUGGUUGCUGUUUUGUUUUGUUUUUUUCUUUUCCUGUUGCUGGGGAUGGACCGCAGGGCCUUGCACGUGCCAGGCAGGCGCCACCACCCAGCUCCUCCCGCCCCUCGGCCUCUGCAUUCUCUGACUCCCUGCCUCCGGGUGUACAUGUCUCCUGCUCCCUCUAUUUCCCUACGCUGGGUCCCCCCCCAACCCAUGGUCUCCUUCUUGACAACAACAGAACUGCAUUCCACCCUGUACAGCUGGCCUCUGUGUCCCCUGACCCUCUGUCCCCAGAGGGAGGGAGCCCUUGCUGCUUGCUGGCAAUUCUCAGCUCCUUCUGGGCCCCUGCUCAAGGCCGGCUGAGGGUGUGGUGUCGGUGACACCCCUAAAAGAUCUCCGACACGGGGCAGCAGUGAGCAUCUCUCUGGGGCUCAGUAAACCCUCCAGACUUUAAGACACCCUAAUUUACAAAGCUAAGUGUCCCAUCCAGGUGUGGUGGCCCACGCCUGUAGUCCCGGGGACUCAGAGGGCUGAGGCAGAAGAGUUGUGAGGCCAGACGGGGCCCUUAGAGAGAUCCUGGGACGAGAUAGAAAAAUAAAAAGGUCUGGGGGUGCAGCUCAGUGGUAGAGCACCCCUGGGUUCAAUCCCUGGUACCACAAAAAAGCGCAUGGCCCAUUUCAUGAAGGGGGAAUGAGACACGGAGCAGCCCUGUCGCCUGCUCAAGGCCACACAGCCCUGAAGCGAAUAGCCCGCGGCGCCCCCUGGCGGCCGGAGCGGGAGUUGCACCGGGCGGGGCAGGCGGGCUCCGCGGUGCUCCGGGCUUGGCGGGGACCAGCUCGUCCUGGGCAGGCGGGCGUCCUACCGGCUUUGUGCUCAGGGCUCAGGUGGGGCCUGUCUUGCAACCCUUCCAGAAGCCUCCAGUAUCCUCCCCGCCCCCACCCUGCACAUUUAUGCACGAUGCGCGUCAUCGCCGCAGCCCCCGCGGGAGAACAGCGGCUUCAUUCGUAAAUAUUAUGACCACUGGCCUCUCUCCAGCACCCGGGGCGCUCGGCUUCCGCCCAGGAAGAACUCAAAGGCAUCUGGGGUCGUGAACUUGGUAGGAGUCCCUGCAGAUUUUCCUCUGUCCUCUCUGGUAGUGCCGGGGAUGGACCCCAGGGCCCCCCAGCAAGCGCCCCACCGCUGAGCUCCACCCGCUUCCUUCCAGACUUUCCAAAGGCAGAGACUUAGGGG